AACUCAAAAGAAAACAUUAAAUUAUGAAGAUAUUCUUCUCACUUUUCCAAGAAAAAGCAUUGUCCGAGAACAAAUAAAUUACCCUCCAGAGAAACACAAUAAAACAACACACUUAAUUAACUCACCUUUCAUUUGAAAAUAUCUGUUUCUUCCUCUUCACGAGGUUGCACGCCUAUCUGUCUUUGCUCUUUACUACUCUUUCUCCAGCUCUUUCUCUCUCUUUCUCUGUCUCUUCUUCUUUAACCAAUGAAAGGCUCUCUUUCCCAUAUUAAAAUAUUAACCAGUUUUUUGCCCUUUUUUUACAAUUGAACUUCUUCUUCUCUUAUUCAGUUUGGUACAACAACUCUCAUGCAGGUGUAGUUUUCUUGUUGGUUCUUACUCAAAAGUGGACUUUGUGUUUUUAAAAACUCUUUGAACGGUUACUUUCUUCAUAAAUAGGCCUUGGCGAAUUUGAAGUGUAUCUGAAAGUAGGGAAAACAUUUUUGUUUUAUGGAGAGAGUCAUGCUGGCUGGCGGCUCGAGGAGGCCGAAAUGGCAGUACCCACAAACGCAACAAGCGCCGAGGAUUCUUCAGCUUCCAGGGCGGCCGAGGAGGAAGGUGGUGAAGAGUGGUGGGAAAGUGGGGGGAAGAGAGAAAAGGGGCAGACUUGAAGUGUUAUUUGAUCAGGAGAGGGAGUUUUCAGGAGGGAUUGUCAGGGAAGUUGUGGUGGUGAGUGAGGGGGAAAGGAGAGGGAGAGUGGAGGAGAUUGGUGUCGAUGGAGGAGGAGAAGGAUCGGUGGUGGUGGAGGAAGAAAAGUGGAGGUUUCAGGCUGAGAUGUUGAGAGCUGAGUGUAAUCUUUUGAGGAUUGAGAGAGAAGUUGCGGUCAAGAAAAUGGAGAGGAGGAGAGUUCAAGCGGAGAGGAUCCUGAGAUCCGCCAUUCAAACUCUUGUUUCUUGGAGGAUCAAGAUUUGUUCAGGAGAGGAUGUGAGCAUGGUACUGGAAAAUGAGAUAAUGAAUUUGACAGAGAAGCUAGAAAAGCUGCAAAGGAGAUCAAGAACUAAGUAUUUGGGGGAUAAAAAUUGCAGUAAUUUCGAUAAACAAGCAUCUCUUCUUCAACAACGACUAGUGAAGGUUGAAGAAAGAUCAGAUGAGAUUUGUGCCAAGGAAAUUAGAGAAAUGGCAGAAGCAAGCUUGUCAAUCCAAACAAGUUACAGAGUGGAUAGCAGCUCCAUUUCAAAUGACAAUUGCCAUAUGGAGAUUUUGAGGAGGAAAAUGGAGGGUUUGUCACAGGGGAUUUUGUUAGAGAAGAUGGAAGAAGAAUAUGGUUCGAUGAUCUCAACAAAGACCACUUCUGCUUCUACUUCGGAGCGAAUUGAGUUUCCUGAAACAUCUUCCAUAUUAGUCCGGCAACCUUAUAAGGAGGCGAAGUCUCUUGAGGAAAAUAAGUGUUGUGGACAUUGCAAGGCGUUGGUGCGAAGGAUGGUGGAACAAGUUCGGGCUGAGACAGAGCAGUGGUCUCAAAUGCAAGAAAUACUGGGGCAGGUGAGGGAAGAGAUUGAAGAAUUGCAGGCAUCCCGAGACUUUUGGGAAGAUCAUGCACUUGAUUCAGAUGAGCAGAUUCAAUCCCUUGUCUCCGCGGUUCAAGAAUGGAAACAGAAAGCACUUUGUUCUGAAGCGAAGGCAAAUGAGGUACAAGCACAAGUGAAAAUGCUUCAGAAGGAGAUUGCGAGGUUGAGGAAGGAGCAAGAUACUAGGGCAAUGAGGGUUGAAACAUCAUCGCAUCUUGCCCGCAACUCCCAGAAUGAAACUGAAAAAGUAGUAGUAAUCUGUGGCUUGAAGGAAAAUGAUCAGACUAACUACAAUGUCAACAAACAGGAGGAGGCCUUGAAUGACAGAAGAAGAAAAGCACUUGUUGCUCCUAGGCAAUGGCCUUUGCAAGAUAUAGGUAACCGGCCACCAUUGACAAGGCAGAAUAGCAGAGCCAUUUUCCCUUACGCACAAACCAGGUUUUGAUAGCUGCUUCUUGGCUGAAGAAGUGGCGGCCUUUAAAAUUUUCGAUGUCACAAAAUGUGGGACUCAAAUAAAAAUUUAACGGGAUGGUUAAGGUGGGAAUGUCCGUCCAAUGUGUAAAUUACUUUUUGAAAAGCAGUAUUAAUAUGAGAGAAAAUUUCCUUUUCUUCUUCGAA